AUGCCGUGUCUGAAACUCUCACCCUUACAAUCGCGCUUCGCGGCCUCUCUAGCGGCCACCCUGUUCAUCAUCAUCGUCCUCUAUUUCGUUCUUUCGAACCCAAGUCUCGCAUAUGCUGUUGAUGUCGACUCAAUAAUAUCCAAAGACCAUAACCAUCCCCGAUUGCAGGAUAUCGACUUACAUCUGGGCCCUGAUGGAGUAGCUCCAGAGACCAUUGCGGCUCCGGACUCUGACCUUACCUCUGUUGGUACUGUUUCUGGUAUCCAGCGACGAGCUCCGAAUAAUGCUGUUUCGUUAGGGAACAAUGCUCCUGAGGAGGGAGAGGUUGAUUUGGGGGCGACGCUUUAUUUUUGGAUUCCUGAGGACACUUUGGCUGGCCCAAAGUCGGGCCCUUCGCGGGGACUCCCUGGAUUUAAUGAGAAGGAGUUUCUAGAUAAUGGUUUAAUGGAACGGACGGAGUUGAAGCGGCGGAAUGAUACGCUAGUUAAACAGGCGACAAGAGUGUAUAUAUCUGCAACCACUUGCUUACAACCUGCAUUCAAUGCUACACCAGAUUCGCGGAACACGGGGCCACCACAAUUACAGCUCAAGGUUUCCCCAUCCACGGAUAUUCAACAGCCAGAUCCCGGAGCUCAAGUCUCAAAUUUGCAAGUCAUAGACUUUGAUGGUGGUUACGCGAGCACCGUCCUCGAUGCUGACGGGCCCAUCUACAUCUCAGUAUCUGCGCCAACAGACAAAAGCUAUUUCGGUUCAUACAAAUUUGAGAUCGCAGCGUCCAUUGACCGAUUAUUUCAUGAAGCUGAAUCUAACGUCCCUUAUCUAUUCUUCGUCGAUAGUGAUAGCGGAUCUGCUUUGCUUCAGACCAAGGAUGCAACCAACGCGAGCCCUGACGAUGAAAUUUACCAGCAGUGGAUGAACCUUGAUCCUCCACCUUUUACCAUGUUUGCCCAUGAUACGAAGGAUAAGUCGAUUUUAGGCGUACAGAAUUCCUAUUGCGGACUGAAAGGCAAUGCACAAAUUCGCAAGGACGGCGAUAAUGUACAAGUCAGCAUGACCAACAGGGGACAAAAUCACAAACCAAAAGAACAGUUCUAUAUCCGAGGCCUAAAUAGUAGUACAUCCUAUUACGGGUUUCUAGCAAUGGAAGGCAACUCCACCGAUUCUGGCAAAGGAGUUGUUGGCGGCGGCGGCAAAGUCUGGAGACCCACGAAAUUUACCACCAAAGCAGAUAAUAACUGUGCCAUCUUACACAGCCUCGAAUUCUGCUCCGAGGUCGCGUACGCCGUCCCAUCCAAUCCAUCUAUGUCCCUCGACGACCUCGCCAACUUCUACGACACCUAUGCCGCAAACUUAUACAAAAACUUCACGCGCUCCCUCGCCCAAAUCCCCUGCAACGCCUCUGCAAAAUCCCAAUACUCUCUCGUCCGCAACUGCACAGACUGUGCAGCUGCCUACCAACAGUGGCUCUGUGCCGUCACCAUCCCUCGCUGCGCCGAUUAUUCCAGUACCCUUCCCUUUCUUCGCCCGCGCAACACAGCGCAGCAGUUCCCAAACAACACCGUCAUCGCCAUCGACGACUCGCUGCGGCAGAUGGUGCUCUCGAAUUCAUCCCGCAAUCCGCUCAUCGACGAGAAGAUUAAACCGGGGCCCUAUAAGGAGGUUCUACCGUGCCAAGAUCUCUGUCACGAGCUUGUGCAAAGCUGUCCCGCUGCUCUGGGAUUUUCGUGCCCUACCGGGAAGUGGUUGAAUGAGUCCUACGGGAUGAAAAGUCCCAAUGGCGAUAUUACCUGUAGUUAUUUUGGCGCGGCGUAUUUCUUGAAUGGGAGCAGUGGAUUUGUAGGGGCAAGUUUCAUGCUUGGGCUGGCUGGGCUUGUUGGGUUUUGGAUGGUGUUUUGGAUGGUGUAG